ACAAAUAAACGACCAAUAAAGAAAAGGGGAAGUAGGAAACUGAGCCAGAUCACAAGUCUUUGGUAACUUUGCAUUUUGAUAUAUUUAGUUGAGUCCUGGUUUUAUGGGUUAGUAAUGACUAAUGAGAGACAGUAAAUCAGUCUGCUGAUUACGAGAAACACACAGACGAUCGUUUGUUGUGUCUUUGUCGAUCCGAUCAUCGCUGGUCCAGCUUCAAGCAUGAUGCUGCUGCUCUUCCCACUGCUCUUAUCUACAGUACAGACCUGGGCUUACCGCGUGCCGGGUCAGAAAAAGUCUGACUCUUGCCGGUGUGAUGUGAACACCACGAUAUGGUCGUUUCCUGCUCUGCGGUACGAGGCUGUGCAGCAGCAGGUUGAAACCUGCGAGACGUCUCUGCACGGCCUGCAGCAGCAGGUGUUGGUCUCCAGUCAGCGUCUCCCUGACAUUCAGGUUCAAAUUUCAAACUUGACAGCACGACUUGAGCCGUACCAGUACCUGCAUGACCGCGGACUGUACACAGCGCUGUCCAUCCGUCUGCUGGGCCAGGAGCUCAGCCAGCUGGAGACGGACAUCACCGUUGUGCACGGCCAGCUAAACAACGACCAGUCACAGAAACUCCACAAAGAGGUGGGUAAAUUGCGAAAAGAUGUGCUAAAGAUGCAUAUGUCAGACACGGUGAACAUGAAGACGGUCAAGGAGAAACUUCGCUACCUGAAGAACAACGUUGAGUCCUGCAAGUCGAUCCCCAAAGACUUCAGAGGCCAGAACAGGUACUGCAUGAAGGGCCUGAUCACCAACAUCAGUGAACCUGUCACAACCAAAAUCAACCCCUAUGACAAGAACCACGUCUCUGGAUCAUGGGGCAAACAGGCGCAGAUGGACAGCGAGUCGGACACAGAGACCUACUGGGUUCAGACCCUAACCAGCAGCAACAUCUAUGGAAACAUAGUCCGCCUUUACCAAACCUACAAAGACUUCAUGCGUUCUGCCAACCACAGGGACGCUACAUUCUCCUCCUCCGUCACAGCUCCCACUGCCAUUGAGGGUCCUAGUGCUGUGAUGUACGGUGACGGUCUGUACUAUCACUGCUACCGCUCUGCAGAUAUCUGCCGCUACGACCUGAAGACCAAUGAGGUCAAGAGGGUAACCCUUCCUGGCACAGGUGUGGGCUUCAACAACAAAUUUCCAUAUUGCUACUAUGAAUGCCGCUCGAAUAGCGACGUGGAUGUUGAGGCUGAUGAAACCGGACUGUGGGCUCUGUAUGCCACUGUUGGCAACCAUGGCAAUCUGGUAGUGAGCAAGUUGUUUUGGGACGACGACUCAAAGACGAUCAACGUGUCGCAAACCUGGGAGACGAGGCUGUUCAAGAAGGCAGCGACUAACGCUUUCAUGGUGUGUGGUGUGAUGUACGCCACCCGCUACGUGGAUGAAUACAGAGAGGAAGUAUUCUACGCCUUCGACACAGCGACAGGAAAAGAGGACAACUCUCUGGCUCUGCCGCUGGAGAAAGUCGCUAAAGGAGUGGCUAGUCUGAGCUACAACCCGGUCAACAGGCAGAUCUACAUGUACAAUGAUGGAUAUCUCCUAGCCUUUCAGGCUUACUUCUGAGUUUUGCCUUUGAACCUAAGAAGAAGACGAAUAUUCUCCUCAAAUCACAUCUGACAUCUUUUUCUGUUGCUAUUCUAAGAAAAAAUGAAGUAUGUUUUAAUAAAUGUCUUGUUUUAAUGCAAUUUUUCCUUUCUUUUAAAAACUUGCAAUAAACUUGUUUUAGGUGAAUAAAAAUU